GGCUCAUCGGCAUCAGCUUCUGGAAGCGCGCGCUGCGCUUCUCGAACGUUGCCAUAACAUGGCCGUAGCGAGAUGGCGAUGGCUUGGCGACUGCUGGGGCUCGCAUGGACUGCACAAAGCUCUGAAGGCGAAGGCUGCAGCGCGGAAGGCGUUGUGCCAGAAGCCUUCUCCUGCAAUGGCAGCCACUUCGACAGCAGCUGGGCCAAGCUGCUGGCUGCUUCUGGGAAGGAGCUGCAGCUUCGGAGCCAGGGGAUGGUGAACCGGUGGGUGGAGAUCUGGCAGGAUGCCUACCCUGCCUUUGACCGAUUGCUGCCGCACGGGGAUGUCAGCCUCAUCACUGGCCUGAACGCCAGCUCGCGUGACGAGUUGCUGGUGCAGCUCAAUGGGUUUUGCCUCUACGGCCUGGUGACGGCACUGUAUGUCAUGGCCUCCACAGAAAUGGCCGAAACCACGAACGAGGAGGUUUUGGAGUUGGGGCACUACGCGCUGGACCGGGCCUGGCUGCUGAUGGGUACAGAGCUGCAAUACGAGUUCCUGUCGUCCUCAGGCUGGCCGAUAAGCAGCUUGCAAAUUGCUGCUUUGCGGCUGAACCUGCCGCAUGGAACGCUGCAAAACCUCAGAGACCUCUCGCAGGAGGUGUACCAAGAGUAUUGGCGGCCGGUAGCCACCGAUCCUGCGCAGCUGGGCUCAUCCCUGGUCUUGGGCCUUUUUGGCUGGCACGCCUCACUUUUGACGGAGAUCGCUUGGUCCCUUGAGCGCUUCCUUGGGGUGGAGCUGAAGAAGCUUUUCUACGGCGCCUACUACCCAGAGCCCAUGCUUGAGAAGCUACAAGAGGUGGCGGAGGAGGGUUUCAUGGCGAAGCCCAUCGCCAAGUUCUAUCGGACAUGGAUCACAGGCUUCCUGGACACAUACGACGCCUGGGUGAAUGACAACUCGGUGAAGGAGGGACUGGGCAUCCUGGCGGACUUGUACCUGCAAGCCUUGGGCCAGCAAAACUUUGAUGCGACAAUCUGCGUAACCCCACUCUGGUUUUGCGAAGCGCCGCUAGCCGCAGUGCUGGGCAGAGGUAGCCGGCUGCUGGUCUACUUCGACGACCUGCCGGACCAGCUGCCGCCGCAGGACUUCCGUACUGUGGGCAGCUGGCUUCGGCAGACUGCUGGCCUCUACCUCCCGGAGGCCUCACUGGACGGCGAGUCUUCGGUGGCGCUGCUGGCGCCCUCUGCGCUGGUGGCAGCGCUGACGGAGCGCCUGCUGGGCUUGAGGCCACCUGUGGCACCCUGGUCAUGCUACUACUUGGAAGCGCGGAGGUGGGAUGCCCCGGAGGCUCGAGACGUGUUGAUGCUGCGUGCGGACCUAUGGGUUGAGUCCACGCCUGGGAAGAUGUUCGUCUCGGCCCUGCGGCUCUUCAUUGCGGAGGCGGGGCACCCCUUCAACAUGACCAUUACGUCACGCAAGCACUUCGACUGGGACAGCCUAUGGGACCUCGCCACGCGGAGCCGCGCGGGCCUCUUUGUACCGGACGACAUGAUGAAGAUGAUGUUCUGGGAAGCGUGCGCCAUUGCCAUGCCGCUCUGGACACCCGGCCAGGAGUUUCUGGCCAGGCUGUUGCCCUUCUUCGGCUACUACCACUUCCUCUCCAAGCACCUACCGCCGCAAGUCGCCGAAGCUGCAGAUGCCUGGGGCAGACCAUUCCCCUCGGAACCCUUUGGGCUGUCAGAUGCCCAGGAGAAGAUGCAAGCGCACGUGGCAUCCCUGUUCUGGGCCGGCAUGACGGACUUCGUGCGCUACGAGGCGGUGCAGCGGUUCCACUCGCUGCCGGCGCUGGUGUCGGCUGUGGGCUCCUGUGACCUGCGGGCGCUGAGCCGCGCCAUGGCGCGCGCCCACGAGGCGCGGGCGGCCACGGCGAGGAAGGCCUGGCGCCAGGCUUUCCAGGUCUUGGUGAGGUGAACCGUCCCUUGAAGCACGCAUUGGCGUCUUCAUCGAGCAGGCCAGAUGGCUCCAACAUGGAGGACUUUCAGUCAAGAACGUGACGCAAUGUUCCGACCGCUGUCACAUUGCAGUGUAAGUUCGGCCAAAAGACGUGGGCGGGAGCAAGUUGGUGAAGCAGUGUCCCACAAACUGGUGUCGCUGGCAACACUCAUUG